AUGGGUCGUUUCUUCAGUCAUUUGCAAGUCUCCAAGUGUGAAGCAGUCUGUUCGACGACAGAUAUGUUCGGCAUGCUGUCGUCCAUUGCCGGUGCGGCCAAGCAACACAGACUGCUUGCCCAGUCGAUGCGUUUCGCUAGCGAAGCAACAUAUCAAAUAACAAAACCGUUCAAGCUGCAUCGUCUGGAUUCUGGCCCAUCGCUGACAGUCACUUUGAAGAGAGAUGAUGCUCUUGAUAUGUUUAGAAAAAUGCAGGUAUCUCGCCGUAUGGAAAUGGCUGCGGAUCAACUGUACAAGGAGAAGAAAAUUCGUGGAUUUUGUCACCUCUAUGCCGGAGAAGAAGCAUGUGCUGUUGGAGUUUGCGCGGCAAAGGAUGAUAAUGACCACAUAAUAACAUCGUACAGGUGUCAUGUGUGGACUUAUCUAACAGGAACACCAGUUAAGAACAUCCUGUCGGAAUUACUUGGUAAAAGACAUGGAAACGUUCAUGGAAAAGGUGGUUCGAUGCACAUGUAUGGAAGGAAUUUCUACGGCGGCAAUGGAAUUGUUGGCGCUCAGACAGCACUUGGAGCUGGC